AUGCCUAAAGUAGUGUCUCGGUCCGUCGUCUGCUCUGACACCCGGGACCGGGAGGAAUAUGACGACGGCGAGAAGCCCCUUCACGUCUACUACUGUUUGUGCGGCCAGAUGGUCCUGGUGCUGGACUGUCAGUUAGAGAAGUUGCCCAUGAGGCCCCGGGACCGGUCCCGUGUGAUUGAUGGUGCCAAACACGCCCACAAGUUUUGUAACACCGAAGAUGAGGAGACUAUAUAUCUUCGGAGACCUGAAGGCAUUGAACGACAGUACAGGAAGAAAUGUGCAAAGUGUGGGCUGCCGCUCUUCUACCAGUCCCAGCCCAAGAAUGCUCCUGUGACCUUCAUUGUGGAUGGAGCAGUGGUCAAGUUUGGCCAGGGUUUUGGGAAAACGAACAUAUACACUCAGAAACAAGAGCCUCCUAAGAAGGUGAUGAUGACCAAGCGGACUAAAGACAUGGGCAAGUUCAGCUCUGUGACUGUGUCUACUAUUGAUGAAGAAGAAGAAGAGAUUGAGGCUAGAGAAGUUGCUGACUCUUAUGCUCAGAAUGCCAAGGUGAUUGAAAAGCAGCUGGAGCGCAAAGGCAUGAGCAAAAGGCGCCUGCAGGAGCUGGCUGAACUGGAAGCCAAGAAAGCAAAAAUGAAGGGAACCUUGAUUGACAACCAGUUCAAGUGA